UAACAGUUUUGAAGUUUAAGUUUUUCAAAAGUGAGCAUUGGCUGUUAGAUUUAGAGAAAUUAUUGAAAAGAAAGAAUCAACAGGAACUCACAUUUGAUGCUAUAGUUUUUUCAGUUUCUGCUAGUUUUUGUUUUAUUUCUAAUGUCUGAACGACCGUAAGAUCUCUCUAACUCCUAAGGUUGGGGUACCCUCCCCAGACCCCACUUAUGGGAUUACAUUGAGUAUGUUGUUGUUGUUUGCUUAGCCACUGGAAGAUAAAGUCAACAAAGGACACCAAGUUAACAUAUUAACCUCAUGUUUCAUUUGACCGACACCUCUAUCCUUGAUCCCAUAUGAUCAGUUUACUUCUCUAGAUAUCCAAGACACUUGAAAUGGCUGAGGCUGCAACAGCCAAAGCAAUAUCAAAAAUCACAGAACAAGCAAUAUUCUUAUAUGGAGUGGAUGAGCAAGUAAGAGAACUUGUUACAGAGCUGGGGCGUAUGCGAGCUUUCUUGAAAGACGUUGAUUCGAGAAAACAGAAAGAAGAAAGAGUAAAAAAUUGGGCUAAUGACAUUAGGGACCUUGCACAAGAUGCUGAGGGCAUAGUUGAGAAAUUUGCUGCUGAGGUAAAACAGAGAAAAGGGGAAGACAUUGCUUGUUUUUGUACAAUAUUAGCUAAUAUAGUGAAAGAAGUUGUUGCAAGGUACAAAAUAGGAUGGGAUAUAGGAAAGAUCAACAAGAGAAUAAAAAGCCUCACAGAAAGUUUAAGAACUUAUGGUGUAGUUUUUCAUGGUAUAAAUGAAGGAGAAACAUCUUUUAGAGAAGUGAAAUUACAGAGUGGAGCUAUUGGUGUUGAGAGAUGGGGAGGUACUGGAGGAGGACAUUGGAAUUAUAGGCCUAAAGGUUUAGUGAAACAUAUAGUUGUAAAGCAUGGAUUGAUUAUAGAUUCUAUAAUGUUUAAGAGCAUUGAAGAAAAUGGUGUCAUGGAGUCUUCUGAAACAUUUGGUGGUUCCGGAGGCCAUCGCACAACUGAGAUCAAUAUAGAUAGUCCUUCAGAGUAUUUGACAGGCUUAAGUGGGACACAUGGACUCUAUGGUCCCUAUCUUAUAAUAAAAUCCAUCAAGAUUCACACUAACCUUAGCCAUCAUGGCCCUAUGGGUUCAGUAAUUGAGACUGAUACCAACUUCUCAUUUAUCAUGCAAGGUGGGGUUAUUGUUGGAUUCCAUGGAUUUUCAGGGUUAUUUCUUGAUGCCAUUGGUUUGUAUCUUAUGCCGGCAAGCAUCAAUUUACAUUCUUAGUAGGCAAACUGUCUCAUUAAUAUAUAUUCCAGCUAGCUUAUGUAGAUAAGCUUGUAAUUAUAUUGAUUGUUACCCGUUGUAUUGUAUUAUAUUUUUAGUUUAAAUAUCAUGUUUGGUUUGAUGGUUUCUUAAA